UGUGAGAUGAAAGAUGUCGAGGAUGAGGAAAAGCAAACUCUUGACAACAGCAGGUUGGAGACGGAGCAGUUCCCCUGGGUGGGUCUUACAUCCGUCCUGCUUGCACACUCCUCAAGUCUUUAUCAGUUCAACAUCUGGGAUGAUGUUCUGACCAUGUCCCGCUCACCGUACCUGACCAAACACAAACUUAACACACAGUGCACUGGGUACAUUUGCUAUCUGCUGUUGAAUGCUGGGAUUAGGCUGCCUGCUCUGAAGUUGAAGACAGAGAGCAAGGAUGAGCAUCUGCAAACUGACCCAGGAUCAGAUCAAAAACAUCACUGAUGUGACUGAGGAUGUGUUUGACCCUGAGCUCCUGUCUCUGCUGUUGAAUGCCGGGAUGUUGAUCAGGUGUGAGGACACAGCUCUGUAUUCUUCACUGGUCUCUCACAUGCUGGCUCCGGGGGAAUGGGAUGUGGAGAAGGCUGCCCAUGACCUCCACCAGGCUGGCCACAGUGCAGAGGCAAGGUCCUUGCUCCUAUCCCACAGAAGAUCCCACCCAGGGUAGUUCACCUUCAACAGCGCCCUUUCUGUCAUUAGAAAAGUGCUUUGAAGAGUGCGUGUGGGUACAGACUGACACCAAGAGAUUAUGCCUGUCUGUCUGUGUAAAGAUAUUUUUUGGUUGUUUGUACAGGACUUCUACCCGCUGGCAAAGGACUCAUAUCACCUUCCCAUUUCUCUCUCUCUCUCUCUCUCUCUCUCUCUCUCUCUCUCUUUCUCUCGCUGUAGUUUUUCUCUCUCCUGACUGAAGCUCGGUGACAUGGGUGUAAUUACAUUACUUCGGCUGUUUGGUCACACUAGCCUGCACUAAUAAUCAUUACAGGCCGAAGUCGGAAUUGAAAACGCUGCAUGUGUGCUGACAGAGUGUUUUGCGUGUGUGUGUGUAUGUGUGACUUCACGGUUGAUCAUUUCCACACACAACUUUCUGCUCUUUUCUUUUGUAGGUUUAUUAAUUAUUUUCGAAGAAAACAGAUUAGGCCUUUAGGCUGACUCUCGCCGCGUGAUUGUUUUAACGCACACAGACACACUACAACCUGUGUUGGGUAGCAAAGCAGAAAUGCUGACUCAUCUAUGUAUUUUAGGCAAAUAUAUCUGGAGUGCUAAAUAAAAACAUAAAAACUUUAAAGUU